AUGGAUUCGUUUGGCUCCAGCGACCCCAAGACGGCGGUCAUGCGCCAGGUGCAGCAAGAGGCCGCCAUGCAGAAUGCGCGCAUGCUGGUCGAGAAACUCAACGAGCACUGCUUUGAGCGCUGCGUCCCCAAGCCCGGCACGUCCCUCUCCAAAGGCGAAGAAAACUGCUUCACGGCAUGCAUGGAAAAGUACAUGAGCGCAUGGAACACAGUCAGCAAGCAGUAUGUCGGCAGGAUACAGCGGGAAAGCGCCCAAGGAGGUCUGCCUUUGUAG